CGCGCGACCCCGCCCGCACUCCACGCGCUAUGAGCGCGCUCCGGCCGCGCGCCCGCCGCGCGCCGCUGCUGCUCGCGCUGGCCGCCGCUCUGUUGCCGCACGCCGACCGAGUCGCCGGCGGCGGCGGCGGCGGGAGCAUGUUCGGGGACGUCAAUAUAUCCUCUAUUCUGGACUCCUUCAGCAUAAGUUACGAUAAGAGGGUUCGGCCGAACUAUGGAGGACCACCAGUGGAAGUGGGGGUUACCAUGUACGUGCUGUCCAUCAGCUCUCUGUCGGAAGUGCAAAUGGUACCUAGCUAGCAGUACUAUUCUAAGUAGUAAGAGGUCACGAGGACACGCGCACGCCGCACCGCACGAGCGCCGGCCGCGCCGCCCGGACUGAACUAGUACUACAUGUGGGCUUGCUUGCAGGUCCGCCGGUGGAGGUGGGCGUCACCAUGUAUGUGCUCUCUAUCAGCUCCGUGUCGGAAGUGCUCAUGGACUUCACGUUGGAUUUUUACUUCAGACAAUUUUGGACGGACCCCCGGCUCGCGUAUAAAAAGCGAGCCGGGGUCGAGACGCUCUCGGUCGGCUCUGAGUUCAUACGUAACAUCUGGGUGCCCGACACCUUCUUCGUGAACGAGAAGCAGUCGUACUUCCACACCGCCACCACCAGCAACGAGUUCAUCCGAAUCCACCACUCAGGGUCCAUCACGCGCAGCAUCAGGCUCACCAUCACCGCGUCGUGCCCCAUGAACCUGCAGUACUUCCCCAUGGACCGGCAGCUGUGCCACAUCGAGAUCGAGAGCUUCGGCUACACGAUGCGGGACAUCCGGUACAAAUGGAACGAAGGGCCCAACUCGGUGGGCGUCUCUAACGAGGUGUCGCUCCCGCAGUUCAAGGUGUUGGGCCACCGCCAACGCGCCAUGGAAAUAUCGCUCACGACAGGAAACUACUCCCGGCUGGCGUGCGAGAUCCAGUUCGUGCGGUCGAUGGGCUACUACCUGAUCCAGAUAUACAUCCCGUCCGGGCUGAUCGUGAUCAUAUCGUGGGUCUCGUUCUGGCUGAACCGCAACGCGACGCCGGCGCGCGUGCAGCUGGGCGUCACCACCGUGCUCACCAUGACCACGCUCAUGUCUUCCACAAACGCGGCGCUGCCCAAGAUCUCGUACGUCAAGUCCAUCGACGUCUACCUGGGCACUUGUUUCGUGAUGGUGUUCACCAGUCUGCUAGAGUACGCCACAGUGGGGUACAUGUCCAAGAGGAUACAGAUGAGGAAGCAGAGGUUUGUCGCGAUACAGAAGAUAAUGUCGGAGAAGAAGAUGCCGGCGGAGUGCGCGGCGCCGUGGGACGCGCACUCGCUGAGCAAGGCGGGCAGCCUGAGCCGGGGCGCGCCCCCGCCGCCGCGCCAUUCGCUGGGCGGCGCGCCCCCGCUGGGCGCCGCGCCCCCGCCGCCGCCGCGCCACCACGGCUCGCUGCACGGCUCCGUGGACCGCUGCCGCCACCUGCAGGAGGUGCGCUACAAGGUCCGCGACCCCAAGGCGCACUCCAAGGGCGCCACGCUCGAGAGCUCCCUCGAGGACAACCCCGCGCCUUCGCUGCACACCCUGCACCCCACCAAGGACUACGGCAAGUUUUUGGGCAUGACGCCGUCAGACAUCGACAAGUACUCGCGCAUCGUGUUCCCGGUGUGCUUCGUGUGCUUCAACCUGAUGUACUGGAUCGUGUACCUGCACGUCUCCGACGUUGUGGCCGACGACCUGGUGCUGCUGGAGGAGAACAAGUGAAGCCGCCCCCCCCGCACUGUACAUACCUCAUGUAUUAUAGAACGCUAGUGUCACGCCCCUCCUACACUCAACUGACGGUCUGAACUUCGUACUUCACGUAGAGUUAGGAACUCGAGCGACUUGUACAGUUUGUAAAUAAUAACACCGUAACACUGUGCCGGUGCCCGCGCCCCGCCCCCUCCUCCUCCCCGCCCUCUACCCUCCCGCACAGCAGUACACUGCACUGCCUAGUUGUUAAGUGCUUCUCUUACAAGAACACGACUUCCGUGUCUGGCUUCAACUUAUCGAACUUGCUAUUUUCGAGUGAGCCAUAGCGUGGAGCCUGGAUUUGUUGGCUGUGAAGCUGCCGACUUACAUCGAGUUUCCCCGCAAGAGGGCGCCGGCGCCGGCCGCGUCGUGUCGUAUUCGGAGCAUUAUAAUGUUAAGUUAGAGUUUAUGAUCUAGAAUGCAACUGUUAAGUAUUGUAAAGUUACAGAUAUUACUAAUUAGGUAAGCACGGUAAGGCACACGAGAC